UCCUGGUCACCACUGGUCCCACUGAAGAGAUAAGCCCUACCUCCUCCCAUGCCUCACCCCAAAGGAGGGCGGCUUCUCCUUGGGCCAGUCUGGGCAGGAGGAUAAAGGGGCUCAGAGGGCUCAGGACAGAGGCAGACAGACCUGGCAUGGUGAGGACGCUGCUCAAAGCCCCAUCCUCUCCCUUCCCAGGCUAUGUCCCCACCCCACAUCUCCUCACUGGCUCUCUACCCUCCCCUCUUCCCCUGCAGAUGCUGUGGCUGCUGGUCCUGACUCUCCCCUGUCUGGGGGGCUCCGUACCUGUGACCUCAGAUCCCGGCCCAGGGACUGAGCUGGUGGGCAUCGUAGGGGGUCAUGAUGCUGCCGAUGGGAACUGGCCUUGGCAGGUGGGUCUGUGGGUCUUCAAUCCAAGAAAUUCCAAGUGGAGUCUUGAUUGUGGGGGCUCCCUCAUCCACCCCCAGUGGGUGCUGACCGCUGCCCACUGCAUUCCAGGGAGAAACCCAGUGACUCGGCACAUUAAGGUCCAACUAGGACAAGUGAGACGCUCAUAUAAGGACAGUGUGCAGGUGGCCAGGAUCAUCUGCCACCCCAACUACAGGCUUGAAAAUGAAGGAGCAGGUGGGGCAGACGUGGCACUUCUCAAACUGGAGGCCCCUGUGAGACCAUCUAAGCGCAUCAACUGGAUCCGCCUCCCGCCAGCCUCCUCUGCAUUCCCCCGAGGCACACGGUGCUGGGUGACUGGCUGGGGCGACAUUGCUUUUCACGACCUGCGGCCGCCGCCCUACCAUCUGCAGGAGGUAGAGGUCCCCAUUGUGGCGAAUGAGAUCUGUCGGCAGCAAUACCUCAGGAUCGGCAAGGUUAUCCAGGAUGACAUGCUGUGUGCCGGGAGUGAAGGCCGGGACUCCUGUGAGGGUGACUCUGGGGGCCCCUUGGUCUGUAAAUGGAGGGGCACCUGGGUCCAGGUAGGCGUGGUGAGCUGGGGGAAAGGCUGCGGUCUUCCCAACUUUCCUGGAGUCUAUGCCCGAGUGACAUCCUUCUUGCCUUGGAUCCACGGUCAUAUUCUUUCCUCUCCUUGAGCCCGGGGCCAGGCAAGGAUACUGCCCAUGAGAUGAAGACAGGCCCUCCAGGGUGUCUGGGGGUCCCUCCCUGCUCCCUCCCAGUGCCAGCUCUUCAUUGCCCCUAGUGCCUCCUACACCCCCUGCCCCCACCUGCUCUGAGACCCUCCGGCCUCAGCACCUCCAUCAGCCUCUCUCCCCUG